AUGUCUACACCCUCAAUAGCUCCCACACCUACUUCACUGGUGCCCGCAUUAGCUGCCAAGCCAGCUAUCUCACCGUCGCCUGGUCCGGGCACACCCGGGUCAAUUACUUCCAAGGAAUGGGUAAUCCCACCACGACCAAAACCAGGCAGGAAGCCAGCCACAGAUACGCCUCCUACAAAGCGCAAGGCGCAGAAUAGAGCCGCCCAGCGUGCCUUCAGAGAACGGCGAGCUGCUCGCGUUAAUGAGCUCGAGGAGCAAAUCAAGAAAAUCGAAGAUGAGCACGAAAUCCACAUUGCGGCGUUCAAGGAGCAGAUCACGAAUCUCUCUCGCGAGGUGGAGCAUUGUCGUUCCGAGAUGACCUGGUGGCGCGAUCGAUGUCAUACAUUAGAGAAGGAGGUAUCGGUGGAAAGGAGUGCCAAAGAAGCUAUUGUGAAGGAAUUCCGAUCGUCUCUUUCGGACCGGAAUGCUGCGAACUCCAAUAAGGAGCCUCUUCCUCUUGCCACAUCCACUCAGAACCGUUCCUCCGACCGUCCAGACCGUGGUGAUGCAUCCAACAAUGACAAUGGAGAGGGUCGGGAGGAGGUACCCUUAGGCUGCAACGACUGCUCCACAUCGCACUGCCAGUGCAUUGAGGAUGCUUUCACCAUGCCGGGAGUUGUGGCUCAGGAACAUUCCAGACGUCUUGAUACUACCAAGCCGGGUCGUUCAGAGCCUGAGAUCAAGCCAGACCCGGAAGAGAUGGAAAUUGAUUUCACUUCCCGAUUUGCCGCCAUUCAACAACAGGACCAUUCGCCGACAUCCGUUUCAUCGCCUGCUGUUGAUCCUUGUGGGUUCUGUUCAGAUGGCACGCCGUGCAUUUGCGCGGAGAUGGCUGCUCAGGAGGAACAGCGUCCGCGAAGGAGCUCUUUUGAGAAUAACCGACUUGCCCCUAUCCAAAAUCUUUCCCAAUUCACACCACCCCCUUCCGACGGCGACGUUCGCUCGGAAGUUACGCUGCCACCCAUCAGCCAGGCCACAAAUCCCUGUGCAAACGGGCCAGGCACAUGCGCUCAGUGUCUCGCGGAUCCCCGGAGGACCCUUUUCUGCAAGACUCUGGCCGCCUCCCGAUCCCCUAGCGCUGCCCCGUCGGGAUGCUGCGGAGGCAAAGGCGCCGAUGGCGGGUGCUGCCAGUCGCGUAACACCAAUGCCUCACGAGGCGGGUCUGGUAGCAAUAACAACUCGACGUUGGGAUCUUCGACCGCAUCAUCCUUGACUUUAUCUUGUGCCGACGCCUACACGACCCUCUCACGUCAUCCUAAUUUCUCCCGGGCCACCGACGAGCUAUCAUCAUGGCUGCCCAAGCUUCAUACCUUGCCUAAACCUCGAGACUUUCCCUUAAACGAUCGUGGGGUACCAAGGGCCGCUAUGGAAGUUGAGGCUGCGAGUGUCAUGGGCGUGUUGCGAUACUUUGACCGGCGGUUUGCCGACAAAUAA